ACCUUUUGUGACGUCACCAAGCAUCAAUUCGCUACAUAAACUGUGUUCAGCUUUGAUAUAUAUCAUCAGUACAAUCUCUUUUUUCAAUCAGGUUGUUUCAGGUAAUCUUUUGCCGCAUAGUCUGCCCUAGCUGACGCUGUGCAGAGAAUACUACGAUUGGAAACGGUUGGUUAGACCCGUUCGCACUGCACAAGAAAGCAAGAUGGACCGUAGUGAUGAGAGAAUCAAAAGAGCUUUAAGGCGCCGCCCUUAUGUGUUGAAUCCAGUGAGGGUGAACACCCCUGAUUCUGUGAUGUGGCCAACCGGUAAGGUGCACAGAAGACCAAGGCCUUCUACUUCAGCGCAGACCCCUCAGAUCCACAAAAGGCCUCCAAUCAUUGAGAGCUGUGGGCAGGAACAGACAUCUGGGGAUGGACGGGACAUCAAUCCAGAGCCUCUCAGCCAGUCUGGAAGGGUGACUCGGCUGAUGGAGAGAAAUUAUGAUGGGGUCAUCUCAUCCUCCAACUCUGAUGACAUCUCUAUCUACUCCUUCACUGACUGUGAAUCUGAGUCUGAUGAUGAGGAUCAUGAAAGGAGGACACCACCGCUGAUAGUGAAGGAUGAGGAGGAUGGAAAGGUGACAAAGUUUGAAGUGAGGGAUAUGGUAGAGGACGACAAUCUGUCUCUCCACUCCUUGGAUGAAUCAGACUUUCUGAUUAUUGUGGCCAAGCCCAACAUCCUUCUCCCUGCCUCUGUGAGUGCCCUGAAGAAGGCAUCACGCCUGACGGAGUUGGUCCCUACUGUCCGGCCCUGCAAGGAGCAGCAGGACAAGAAGACACAGUGGACCAACACCAACAAGGAGAGCCUGAGGAGGAUUAAAAAAAAACUGGCCUCCAUAGAGCUCGACCUGGAGGAAGGCCUGAAGAAGGUCAAUGACGGUCAGGACGUCAACCAAGAGAGGCAGAAGAAUGAGGGAUGCUUCAGAGCCUGGAUUGAGAAGUGGAUGGGGAGGAGGAAGGAGGAAAGACUGAGGGAUGAAGAUGUGAAUAGGGAAGACAAAGGGAGGAUGGGCGAAGAGGUGAGGGCACUGAUCCAAGUGAUGAAGAGAAACUGCAGUGAACGUGAUCUUGAGGCAGUAAACCUGGACACUUGGCUGAAUGACUUGGAAAGGUUGAAAGUGGCCUUCAAGAAAUGCACUGGAGAGAUGGCCAAAAUGAGCCCAGGGAAAGUCUCUGGUCCUGUGUCUGGCCUCUCUCCUCUUGUGACCUCAGGACCCCGGACCCUGGCUGAAGCCCUACGGGCCCUGCCCUCUGCUGUGGCCCGUCCCUCCCAAAAGGAUGUCCCAAAGCCUCCGACACCUCCAAGCCCCGUCUCUGUCAUUGUUGCUUUGCCUGCUGUGGAGUACUUACCAUACCACCGCAGCCCUCGCCUGGCCCCAAUCACCAACCUGAGUGAGAACGGCAGGAAGCUGCUCCAGAAAAUGUCAGGAGUGACCCCACAGGAAGGGAAGGUCAAAAGGAAAAAGAGCAAGGGAAAAAAGCAAGUGAAGAAAGAGAAGGCCAGCAAGAUGCAGCAGGUGGAAAAUGUUGGAGAAAGUAAGGAGGACAAGAAAGAGGAAAAGAAGAGUCUGAGGAAGAGGUUUCUCCAGUGGCUGCUGCCCAAACUGAGAUGUUCGAAGAAAUAAUGGCCUACUACUACAACACACACACACACACACACUCGAACUUCAGAGCUAUAGCGGCUUAUAACCACACUGACAUAAUAAAAUGUAAAAAAACGUUAUUAGUUA